UUUCACCCACAUUCCCUCUCGAAAUGUAGAUAUUCAGAUCUUUUGACUGAUCAGCAAACUAGGAAAAUACCAUUCGUUUCAAGUGGGAACAUCAGACACGUUUUUUCAUUUUCCUGUCAAACGCGUCCUUCUCAGGACAUCAGUAACCAGGAAGUAAGACAUGUACUCGCUUGUCAAGUCCUCGGUCAGUUGAGUGAGUGAAAUUAGGACUCGAACUCAGUAUCUGAGUUUGUCUGUGUGGCUGGUCGUGUCAUGAUUUAUGACUUUGGGGCUCGUUGUGUCUUAUCAUGAGGAAUUACAUGAAUGUCCGGCUGAUGUGACAUGUGCUUGUUACAGCUCAGGAUGAGUAAAGAACUGGAGGAGCUCUCUCCCCUAGGCGACUGGGUUCAUGAUGAUGGUUCCGAGGUGGAAACGGAGGAGGAUAGACGAGCCCAAAAUUUGUCAAGUAUGUGGUGACAAAUCCACAGGCUAUCACUUUAACGCCAUGACCUGUGAGGGCUGCAAAGGCUUUUUCAGGCGUGCCAUGAAGCGACCAACACAGUUCUGCUGCCCAUUUCAGAAUGCCUGUGUCAUCACCAAGAGCAACAGGAGGCAGUGCCAAUCCUGUCGACUCCAGAAAUGCCUCUCGAUUGGAAUGAAGAGAGAGUUGAUUAUGUCAAAUGAAGCUGUGGAGAAACGGAGGUCACAGAUAAGGAGAAAGAAGAUGCAGGAGGAGCCCGUAACGCUUUCCCCACAACAGGAAGCUGUCAUCCAGGAGCUGCUCACUGCACAUAAAAAGAACUUUGACAUGACCUGUGCCCAUUUCAUUCAGUUUCGGCCUCUAGAUCGGGAUCAAAAAGCCAUCUCUGAGCACAAUCAACAACAAAACAGCAGCAGGCACUCCCAUCUAAGCAUGAGCAAACAUGAGCCUGAAGAUUCAAUGCAGAUGGCCAUCAGCUUCACCUCCCCUUCGUCCACUUCCUCCAACUCUCAGCAACCUCAGAAUAAAGAAAUGAAGCCGCUUGCCAGUGCCAUCUUCACAUCUCUGCCACAUUUUACAGACCUCACCACGUACUUGAUCAAGAAUGUCAUCAACUUUGGCAAGGCACUUACAAUGUUCAGGGCUCUGAUUAUAGAGGACCAGAUCUCGCUGCUGAAAGGUGCGACCUUUGAGAUCAUUCUAAUUCACUUCAACAUGUUCUUUAAUGAGACGACAGGCAUUUGGGAGUGCGGCCCGCUGCAGUACUGCAUGGAUGACUGCAUGCGAGCUGGUUUUCAACGCCAUCUACUGGACCCUAUGGAGAAUUUCCAUUACACACUGCGUAAACUGAACUUGCAUGAAGAGGAGUAUGUUCUGAUGCAGGCUAUCGCACUUUUCUCACCAGAUCGCCCUGGUGUAACUCAUCACAGUGUGAUUGACUGGAACCAGGAAAUACUUGCCCUCACCCUGAAAACCUAUAUUGAGGCCAAAAGGACAGAGCCAGAGAAACAUCUGCUGUACCCAAAGAUCAUGGCGUGCCUGACUGAGAUGAGGAGUAUUAAUGAAGAGUACACAAAACAGGUGUUGAAAAUCCAGGACAGUCAGCCAGUGCCACCGCUUUUGUUGGAAAUUGUAAGCAAAGACAGUUAAGCCUUUACAGAGCUAAUGCGACUCUAAAUACAGGCCUUGAAAUAUUUAGCACACUAUCAGUAGCUGUGCAUAGUUGUGCUGCUUUUACCUUCAACUGAGGAUGUUAAAGUUUGAGAAGCAGUCCAAACGAUCAAGGACAAGGACUUACUGCUGAACAGCAGAAUAUUGUACAGUAUAUUGUGAAAUAGUAUUUUAAUAUUUGGUGUUUUGUCUCACUGAAUGUAACCGUAUUGCAUUUUAAUAUGACAAUCAAUCUUUUUCCCGAGUCUAUUCACAUAAGAACAAUUUAUGUGGGUUCAUAACCCAAUGGAGGAUGGCACAAAUGAUCUCUUACAUUUAGAAGCCUGAAAUGAGUGGAUAUUAUAAAGGGAUAGUUCACCCAAAAUAAACUUUUGUUGUAAAUUACUCACCCUUCUGUCAUUCCAAACUUGUAUGACUUUCUUUUAUCACAUAGAACACAAAAGGAGAUUUUAGGCCGAAUGAUCAGCCACCUUUCACUGUCAUUGUAUAGAAAAAUAAAUUCAGUUAAAGUGAAUAGCGACUGAGACUGUCAGUCACUAACAUUCUGCAUAUCAUCUUCUUGUAUUCCACAAAAGAAAGAAAGUCAUAGGGUUUUGGAAUGACACAAGGGUAAGUAAAUUAAAACAUAACUAGAAUUGUAUUUUUAGUUGAACUGUUCCUUUUAAGUUUUGAUAUAAAUAUUUCUAGGUAUUGUUCAUAUAUUUGAAUUUACCACCUUGAUAACAUCCCAAGGCUUUUCUGUUGUAAACUUUGAAGGGUAUACAAUGGAUAUCCUGUAAGAGAGACCAUUACUAUGGCAGCAAAGAUCACAAUGUGUCAAAUCAUAGCUAUAAAACUACAAUGUGAUGCAUACUAGUCAUUUCUGUUUAUGGUCUAUUGAUAUGUCUUGAGAAAUCUGUUUAUUUAUUACUAGUUUUUAAACACAAAAUAGUGGUGUAAGUAGACCUCUUAGGUUUGUUUUGUUCAGGGUAUGUAUAUAAAAUAUAAGUGCCAAUGUCUGAUGUUAGUAGUGAUAUUUCAUCCAGACAAUUAAGAAUAUUUACCUUCUUAUGGGUUGAAUUUCACGAAGAACAUAUCGGGGUCAUAUUUGACCGCAAAAAAUAGGGCCUGAAUAAUCCUCAUAACAAUUAUACAAUGGCAAAAAUGUAAAGGGUCUUAAAAAAGGCUUUGUUUUCAUUAUUCAAUUAAAUUUAUUUCGGGGGGAAAACGACCCAGACAUGUUCUUGACAAGCCUUGUGAGAUUCACCCAAUGAUGUGUGGUUGGAAGAAACUCCAAAAACGUUCUCGGUAAGUGAAUGCCUUUAAGUGCUUUUACUGUCAGUUGUGAGACAUUACUAAAUCUUUUUCACUCGGAGCACAUUCAGGUUUUGAGAUCCUGUUCAUAAGCUAAGAGCAGAUUUUGCUGAACAGAUUUCAUAAUGACAUUUACAAGUAAUUCAGACCUUUUCUGACUUUUCAUUUUGGCUUUAAAAUGAACAGUUCACGACAAUCGGUGUGAAAAUGAGCUAGUGUCAUAUUUACAAUGUGACAGUCUGUACGUGCAUAAAAGCAGUAAGAGUAUUUGGAUGCCAGGUAUCAUUCAACUUGUUUUCAAAUGCCUUUUGUUUGUUGUUUAGUGGCAUGUAGUGCACAUUAAUCAGAUGUAUUAAUUUAUCCUUAUGUAAACCGAUGACGAAUCCCAGAACUUGCGUCACAAAAUUACCACAUAAUCAGGGGUGUAAAGUAACAAAUUACAAAUACUCGCGUUUCUGUAAUUAACUACAUUUCCCCAAGAAUUUUACUUUAAGUAGUUUCAAAAUUGUAUACUUUUACUAGAAAAUAUUUUAAUUGCUGUAACAGUACUUUUACUGCACUAUAUUCCCACUGUCUGUGUUCACUACUUCCCUGUCCGGAUUAGUUUUGUAUCUAUCAACAUGAUUGGCUAGGUAGAGUCUCGUGACUCUCGUCAAAUCAAAUCACUUGCAAAAAACUUGAACGGCAGCUGCAGAUCUGGCGCCAACUGUGGAGAAUACCUCAAGCCUAGUUUACAGCUGAUCAUCUCGGCCGCACAUGAAAGGGAUUUUCACAGUGAAAAAGGCCAGUUGCUUAAUCGUGUCAUGUGAGUUUAACUUGCUCAAGCCAGAUAUCAGCAUUAAUCCUGCCUCUAAUUUGAAGAAACAUUUUGAGGUAAAUUUCAUAUUUCUGCUUACUAGAUUCUGUGUGUCUAUAACGUAGCUAUCACUGAGAUUAUUGGGCUGCUUUGAGAGAUUAAUGCAAUAUUAUCAAUAGGGCCAGGCAAUAAAUUGUUCUAGAUAUUUAUCGGUAAUACAUCUAGAACAGGGGUGUUCUAGUUGUUUGAUCUAGAUUAAAUAUACAUUUAUAGAUUGACUUUUUAUUUCCUGACGUCUGUCGCUGUAUGCUGUUUGAUUGACAGGUGGCUAAUAUUUGACUGCUAAUGAUCAAAUAUACACUUUAUAAUUCUGCCAAUGACCGUCUUGAUGAGGAUUUAAUGUAAACGCAGUUGUUUAUGUCUAUAGUGAAUUGAAAUAGUGGGAUAAAAAGCAUAUUGGCAUCAAAAUGUCAGACUUGAAGUGUACAUGUAUGUGAAUUGAGCACUGUCUAGCAGGCUAUAUAUCAUAUAAAGGCUAUUAAUCAAACAACAUAAACAAGGAAACCACUGACUACUUUUGGUUGAAUAACUUAAGUAGCUUUAAAAGUAUUAAUGUAAUAGAAUAAAACAGUGCCAUUUUUAAUAAUACUGACCUCUGAUGUACAGUGUAAUAAUUGUUAUAAUAAAUUACCAAGAAAGUAGAGAUGAUAAAAUAAUUUAUAAUUAUGCUUAGCCUUUAUAAAGAUCAACAUUUGUACAGCAAUACUUCAGCAGAACAUUCCACCAGUCACAGACUCCAGAACAUUGUGCAUCAUGCAUCAGAAUGAGAACACGACUAUUUCUGAGCUUAAAAGAUACAAGAACUAAAUCAAUGUUGAACAUUGAGAAUGCUACUUAAAUAAUUCACACAAAAAGGAAAAUUAUCUGAUCAUUUACUCACCCUCAUGCCAUCUGUCUAUGACUUUCUUGCCUCAGAACACAAAUUAAGAUUUUUGGAAGAAUAUUUCAGCUCUGUAAGUGUAUCUCAACGUAACUGAAGGGGUGCCAAAAUGUUGAUGCUCCAAAAAGCACCAAUUCACUUUCAUUGUAUGGACCAAAAGCGCGGAAAUAUUCUUCUAAAAAUCUUAAUUUGUGUUCUGCAGAAGAAAGUCCUACACAUCUGGGAUGGCAUGAGAGUGAGUAAAUGAUGAGAGAAUUUACAUUUUUGGGUGAAUUAUUCCUUUUUAAGCGUGAUACAGCCCCUGUAGUAAACAGCUUUUCCCAUGCCUGCUCCACAUCCUCUAUUGUGCAGGACACGACGUGCCAAGAGAUCCUGCUUAUUUAGCAUAUUUUUGCAUUCCUUGCAUUGUUUUGAACAUGUUUUAUGCACAACAAUAACACUCUGUCGGCAUUAAGGGAAAUUUAGACCCUACAUUUGAUUUUAAUGUGAUUGUUUCAUACAUUAAGAUUUAAAACGGUGAUCAGUGUAUUGAAAAUAUCUUAUUAAUCUUUUCAUUUCUGUUUUCAUGUCUCCCUUAAUUUUUUGGAAUCAGAUUAAUGUAGUGUUUAUCAUAGAUAAGUGAUGUAUAUUAAAAGUUGGCAUUCAGUGUUCAUUAUAAUGGGGCAUAUGUUUUGCAACUCAGUACUCUAACUUAAGUAGUUUUUAGGACAGCUACUUUUACUCACACAACAUUUUAUGGGAAGUAACAAUACUUCUACUUGUGAAUGAUUUUUCAGUACUCUUUCCACCCUUGCACAUAAUACACUCAGGUUAACAAUAUUUUACUUUGGUUAGGAAGUGCCCUUCUCAGGAAAAUAAAGUUUAAAAUGUUAUG